GAUCGUAAUGCGUUUGAUUUUUAUCAAUAAAAAUUGGCGGCGAUGUUCUUUCACUUCGAAGUUGUUUUCCCUUCCCGUAAUCAGGUCAAGUGUGGAAACUUCGGGUUAUUUGUGCGUCUUUAUUUAUUUUUGCAUAAAUGUCAGUCUUUAUUGUGAAAUAUUGAUGGGAAUUAUAUGCAAUAUGUGUAAGAUGUAUUUGAAAUGAAAACUGUCGAUUAAAAUGACAAAGGAAAUACUGUGCAUGGUUGAUGGACCCUUUUCUUUGGUAAAUUUUGAUUGGUUAAAAAGACUGGAACCUAUUUCGCGCUCCCUUUGUGAAUGCAAAAGCGUUGUGUACCUUUUUUGAGUGAAGAUAGAUUUUUGUUUUGUGACAGUAGGUUAUACAUCUGACAACUAUUGCUUAUUAUGCUAAUCUUGUAUUUCAAAUUCGGAUGAGAACUUGGUAAUGAAAUACACUUCGUGAAUCAUUUCAAUGACUUGUUUACUGACUCAUUGAGUGCUUAACCUGAUAGUAGUCAGCAACAGCUCUUUGUAAAGGAAUAGUCUGUUUUCAGACACAAAGUGUUGUGGAUGCUAGACUUGUUUAUUGCCAAUGUGAUGAGACCAUUUGCGUUAUGUGAAUCAUCAUCAGAUAGAAGUACGCCUGAUUCCAAUAUGGCUUCACCGACUCCAUCCCAGAGUGACACGGUGACCACCGCCUCCAACUCCUCCGAUUCCGAGAUGGAGUCGGCCGGCAACCCGAACCUACGCUGCACAGUCUGCAACGAAACCUUCUCAAUACCCAAAGUAUUAAGCUGCUUCCACACGUUCUGCCAAUCGUGCCUGGAGAAAAGCCAAGAGAUCCCGGACAAGAUUACGUGCCCGGACUGCCACCAGGACACGUUCCUCAACGCCAAUGGCCUAAGCGGCUUACUGCCUGACUAUGCAGUGAGUAAUCUUCUGGAGAAGACUGCCCUUGUCACCAGUGCCUUACACUGUACCGGAUGUAAAAGCAAAGACACAAAUGCAGUUGCUCGGUGCUUUGAUUGCGCAAACUUCUUGUGUGCAAACUGCGUAAUGGCACACCAGUUUAUGCAUUGUUUCGAGGGCCACCGCGUGAGCAGCCUGACGGACCUGAGGAACAACAAGGAGAACGGCAAGAUGGGUAAGCCGCUGUACUGCCCUCGCCACAAGCAGGAGGAGCUUAAGUUCUACUGCAAGACCUGUUCCAUCCCAAUCUGUAAGGAGUGUACAAUGUUUGAGCAUGGCAGAGGUCAUGACUGUCAGUUCCUGUCUGAUGCAGGAGACAAACAGAUCGCCCAGAUGCACUUGAUUGAGCAGGACGCCAAGAUGAAAGUGUGCGAACUGAAAACCUGCGCUAAGAGCAUCGACCACAUUGCCAGCCGACUUCAGGUCCAGUACCACAAGGCCCAGAAUGACAUUAACGAUACAUACAAUUUCUAUCGGGCCAUGCUGGACGAGAGAAAGUCUGAAUCGUUGAAAGAACUUGACCAGGCCUUCAACAGUAAGCAGCUUCUAAUCAACAAUCUGGGAUUGAAGAUUCAGGAACACAUUGACAAGCUGUAUUGUGGGACUGAAUUUGUGGACAAAAUAACGAAAUUCGCCACGACCCCAGAGGCAUUAAUGUUUAAGAACAUCGUAGAACAGCGGUUCCAAAAUUUGUUCAACUUCUCUCCCGACACCGAUAACGAAAGCUACCACGACAUUGAGUUCAUAUCCAACUUCCAGGCGAUUCAGACGGGAGUUAGGAACACGUUUGGCUAUGUUCGAGAAGGGCCCAGCGACGUCUCACAUAUCAUUGCUAAACCUCAACAGCCGAUUGCUCGACCUAAUGGAGUGGUUAACACAACCAUAAACUCCAUUAGCCCUCCACCAAUCACGCUCAGUAAUUCGCACAUGAAUGGCAUGAAUGGCUCGCUCAAUGGUCAUCUUUUUGACCCAGUUCCAACCAUUGAACCCAAAGACUAUGUGACGACCACCAGUUUUGGCACCAACCCCGCCUUUGAGAACAAUCUCUUAUUUCCAACUACUGACACCUUCACGACAAACGGUGAUACCAACCUGUAUGAGAAAUGGUCAAGUGGCGGCCUUGAUAUUUUCCAGAAUGGAAUUGAUGUGUUCUCGACCAGCACCUAUCCUCUGAUGGAUAUCACAAGCAAACUGAUUUCGACCAACCUGUAUCCACCGAAGUCUCAGAUAAAGCGCCAGAAGAUGAUCUACCACUGCAAGUUUGGAGAGUUUGGAGUCAUGGAGGGUCAGUUUACAGAACCAAGCGGUGUGGCCGUCAAUGCUCAGAAUGACAUAGUCGUAGCCGACACCAACAACCACAGGAUUCAGAUCUUCGACAAGGAGGGAAGAUUCAAAUUCCAGUUUGGUGAAUGUGGCAAGCGAGAUGGGCAGUUAUUGUAUCCGAACCGUGUGGCUGCAGUGAAGACCUCGGGGGAUAUCAUUGUUACAGAGAGAAGUCCUACUCACCAAAUUCAGGUUUACAAUCAGUAUGGACAGUUUGUCCGAAAAUUCGGGGCCAAUAUCUUGCAGCAUCCACGAGGCGUUGCUAUCGACAACAAAGGCAGGAUCAUCAUAGUCGAGUGCAAAGUGAUGAGGGUCAUCAUUUUCGAUCAGUAUGGCAACACGUUGCAUAAGUUCGGCUGCUCAAAGCACCUGGAGUUUCCCAACGGAGUCGUUGUGAACGACAAAGAAGAGAUCUUUAUAAGUGAUAAUCGCGCCCACUGCGUGAAGGUGUUUAACUACACAGGACAGUACCUUCGCCAGAUUGGUGGUGAAGGCAUCACAAAUUACCCGAUUGGCGUCGGCAUCAACAGCCAAGGCGAGAUCCUCGUGGCGGACAACCACAACAACUUCAAUCUCACAAUAUUCACGCAGGACGGGCAGCUGAUCAAUGCCCUCGAGAGCAAGGUGAAGCACGCCCAAUGUUUCGAUGUGGCUCUCAUGGACGACGGGUCUGUGGUGCUUGCCAGUAAAGACUACCGCCUUUACAUUUACAGAUAUGCACAAAUUCCGAGCCUUGGGAUGUAGAUGUUUUGGGAGAGGUUGUGAGCCCCCUUUAGUACUUUAACGCGUCACUCAGUUUUAUCAUCUAAAUUGACUUGUUAGGAAAGGCCUGGUUGAAGUGAUGCAUCAUGUUUUGUGAGUGGCAGGCUAGGACAUCACCAGAGUUCAGCGUGUAACUGUUGUAUGUGAAAGUUUUUUGACAGAUAUAAUAGUUUAACACUAGACACUCAAAAUUUGGUGGAUGGAAAUGAUUAAUUGUAUAGGCUGCUGUGCCAGUGUUUUAUUGUAAAUAUUUACCAAUUAUUUUGUGUUCUGGAUUUGAAAUAGAAAAAGUUGUUUUUGAAAUGCUAACAGUCAACAUGUUGUUUGAAAAACAAAUGGACUAGUCAAACACAGUUUGCAUGAGUGACAACUCCUUACUCGUCCAAUAUGGCAACCAACAACAAGGGUAUUGAUGGUUAAAAUUUAAACAAGUACUUCCAUUGGCAUGAGUUGUGUUGGACAUGGGACAUGCUUAUUUUCACUUGGUCAGUAUUUGUGGUUUAAAAAUAAUCAGGCAUUGUUUGGUGUGUAGCAUCACUGUGAAAACGAUUUAUAAACCAUAACCUGUAUCUCAUGUACUUAAUGAUUGAACAUAUUUUUGUAUUUAUGAACAAAUCUGAUUAUUAAUAAGUAUUUUGUUUGUAAUUAUUAUUAAUGUGAUAGAGCCUUGUAUAUUGUUGUUGUGCUAAUGCACAGCUUAUAAAUUAAUUUAAUUCUAUUUAAUUGCCUACGAAUCUUUCCCAGUUUUGUUUUGUUAUGUAAUGUUAUACAAAUUAUAAUUAUAAUUUAUGUAGCAUGUUUUCAUUACUUGGUUAUGGCAUUGUCAUCAUCUAGUUGAUACAAUCAGUUUACAUAAGCAAAUCACCUUUUUGCAGUUAUUUGUUUUUAUUUUUGUUGUUUUUUGUUGUGUUUUUUCUUGAUCAUUAUAAUUUAUUUAAUAACGGUGUAGUGUGUUUAGUUAUAUCACAGCUGGACCAUAAUACUUGAUAUGUGCUACCUCAGACUUGCAAUAUCUGAGAAUAAUCCAAAAGUUUACUUUAGUCAUUUUGCAGGUGUAUUCAAAUUUUUGGCCUUGUUAAGUCUAUCAAAUUAAUUAUUUUAUUAAAAGUUUGCAUUGUUAUGUUAUGAAAACAAUUACAGGUAACAAAAAUGCAUUUCAAUUGCCAAGAAAAAGAUCAAAUCUUUUUUUUCCCAUGAAUUAAAAAGUUUAUAAACAAAAAUCUCUUCCAUCAUGAAAAUCUGUUGCCAAUAUAAUAAACCAAGUAAAACUUAAUUGUCUGCUGCGGCUAUCCUGUUUUGUAUUCAGUUGUUAGUGGGGCAAUGUCCAAUAGUCAGACUAGAGAUUAAUAUUUAAUGUAUUUGCCAGAUGAAUCAGGUCUUUGUUGAAUGUCUUUGUCCAAUACUCCCUGAUGACUCAUUCCCGACACCAUUUGUCUGUAGCCAUAACAUUGUUGUUAUUAUGCACAGGGUAGUGUCUGCUACUGCGCAGUUACUUCCCCUCCUUGCAGUCUUGUCUAUAAAUAGGUGUCACUUCUUUGUCCUAAAAAUAGACAAGUCGCUUGGUACAGAGGUCACACAAGUUCAUUGAUUGUCUUAGGUUUCUUUGUUUAAUAUUGCUACCACAUUUUGUUAUUGUUUUUGAAAAGGCAAAGCAUCAAGAAUUGAAGCCAUAAUUGUGCCAUGUAUUAUUUUUUACUACACUGACACAUUACUCUAGCAGUAAAUGAGUAUUUCAUCAGCCGUCAUUGAUCAAUAAAUCUUAUCUACAUUCCUCUACAAUUUUGGAGCAAGUGUAAACAAGCAAGUAUUGGAUAAACAUUGACAAGUUUUUACUUGCAACAGAUCCUAUGAAAAUAUUUACAUUGGUAUAAGAAGAGGCCUCCAUUGUGUUCUUUAAACAAAGGUCUUUUAUAGUCUUGUAGUAAACAGGCCCUUGAACCUAGUGUAUAAACCUGUGAUUAAUUCAAAAUGAAGAUCUUCAUUAAAGAUUUGUAACUGAAUAAUGUAUUAAUAGAUAUAAUCCACCGAUGUUUGCAGAAUAGUUGCACCUAUCAAAUAAGUUGUAGGUGAGUGAUAAUCCACAUGUGAAUCAUCAGCAUUUCUCAUCUCAAAUCACUAAAUUGUUUUUGUUAUGAUAGGUUCACAAGCCCAAAUGUUAUACAAUUCUUAGGUUUUGACAUACUUUUGCAUUUGUUUGGGAAUUUUAUGUUCAAUCAAUUUUUAUAUUGAUAUACCGACUUUUUGCAUAAUAAUGUUAUAUAGGAAUGUACUUUAUUAAUUUAAGCUUUUUUGCUUUUUUGCAUCCAAUUUUCCAAAAAAAUAAAAAUCAACAAACAAGUGAUGGUUUUAAGCAGGUUCAUACACUGUUUGUUGAAACUCGAAGUGACUAGAAUCGUGUAGCAAGUCAUAAGAAACUGUGCCUUGAUGCAUUGGUGCUGCCAUUUUAAUCAUUAAAAUUCACACCUUGGACUGCUUGUCAACAUCGAUUCAAUUGAUCAAACUAGCAUCAACUACACGAAAAGUACAAUAUGUGUGGAUAAAUUACUAUACCCUUUUAGAGUUGCAUUUACCUGAUGUUUAAUAUGAAAAAAAAGUUCAGAUUAAUUUUAGCUGUUAUUUCCCAUUGAUAUUAUGAAAUGUUUAUCUGUAGGUGUUCAUGGUUGUACUUGUAAUGAGCAUUCUAAACAUGUCAGGGUUUUUCUCAUAAAAUGCGUUGUUAUUAUUUGACCUACACAACUUGUAACUGCCAAUAGGUGUGUUCCCUAUAGUUUACUUAUAUAAAUGUGUUCAAGUGACCUCUGUUGCCGUAGUAACAAAGUUUGUGUCUCAAGAAUAAUGAUCAUGACCAUAGAUUUGUGCACUGUUACUGUAGAAGUUUCCAGUGUUUAUGCUUAAUUAUCCAAAAACUAAAGACGGUGCAAUUUUUGUUGUUUUUUGUUAGCCGAAACUUUUAUAUUCAUGUUAUAUUGGGCUAUGCUCAUGUUAAUUAUUAAAGCCUUGCCUUUUUGCCAUUAUCACAGUACUUUUUUCUUGAUUCAGUUAUCAUUUAACCCUUUGCAUGCUGGGAAAUUUGUUGUCUGCUAAAAUGUCGUCUGCUGAAUUUAUAAAAUAAGCAUUUUCUUUGAUUUUUUUCAAAAAAUACUAUCAGAAUAGCAAACAGUUUGGAUACUGAUGAGACGCCACGUUCUGUGGCGUAUCAUCUGGAUCCAAACUGUUUGCAAAGGCCUUAAAAAUUUGGUUCCCGCAUUGUAAGGGUUAACAAAGGGUCUAUUUUAAUUUUCAAUAGUAAGAUAGUCUGAUGUGAACAAUCUGCUUCAUAUGUUUGUUUUCUGCCUUUGAAACUGAAUUUUUGAGAUGCAUUUAUUUUGUAAACGUUUUCAUCUAAGAAAAAUGUUCAAAGCAUGCUGAACAGUUUCCACCUUUUGGGAUAUUUUAUUUUUCACUUGCUCAGUUCUGUUGUUGUUCAUUGGCAUGAUCAUUUUCACUGUCGUUGCUGUUGUGUUGUUGUUGUUGAUUUUUUUUUUCAACUGAUACAUAUUAAUAUUAUUGACCAUAAUAUAUGAAUAUUUUUGUAUGCACCAUUUCAUGGAAUCUUGUAGUUUUGAAGCAUAUUUAAAUGUGUGUACUUGUGUAUGGUUCUUAAGCUGUAAGAUAUAAAUUGUAGCCUAUAUUGUUGUAGUAUAAAUGCAUUUUUAUUCAAAUUAUAAAAAAAAAACUAAAAAAAAUGAAGUAAAUUGUUUUAAUCAAAUUUUUAUCCAUUUUGUGCUCUGAAAAAGGGAGCUAACAAGUGUGAAAAUAUGGUCAAUGUGUAUAUACUGCGUUGUGUCCCUUUGAAACAAAAUUGAAAUGCAUUCACAAUAAUGGCUCUUUUAUUAACUUUGUUUCAUUUAUUCUGGUUUAAAAUUGAUUGUUUUGUAUUGGAUAAAUUUAACAUAACACCCAAAACUUUAUGUUAGAUUUUUUUAUUAAAUAAGUUGUAGGAAUUCAAUGAAAUUGUAUUGAUGGAGUUUGUCAGCAUCAUAUGUUUCUUAGCUAUUUUAUAAUGUGCCAUGAUACUAAGUAUGCUGUGAAAAUGCUUUAUGUGUACUUGUUAAAACGCUGGGUAUUUAAUGUUUAUUUGCUUAUAAACCAUUUUAACAGAUUUUUUGCUAAAUAAUAAAUUGAAACCAAAAGAAUUGAUAGCAUAGUAAUUUGUAUUCUACUGCUGAGCUUGUUAUAUAAUGUUUAUGGUAGAUGAUAUAAAUUCUGCACUGUUCCAUUGAAGUAUUUCAUAAAUAUUGUAUUCACAUUUUAUACUUUGCUGAGCAUCUUCCCAUUUUGUUGUCUGUUGUGUUUUGAAUUUAGAACUGAAAUACUCAAUCAAAAAUUCAUUCAUUCAUGUUAGCCAUUAAACUCCAUUCAGGACAGGUGCUGGCGGCUAAAUUACGCCAAUUGUUCAAGUUUGCUCUGCAAGAUAACACGUGAAUAUUUUUUAGUGUUGUAUACAACUGAAUUUUUAUAUGAAAAUCAUUGAAAAAUACCAUUAAAUAAUUUUUCUAUAAUUUUUGAGUUUUUAGCAUUUGUGUUUAUGUUUGCAAUCACUGAAAUGAAAAUGCCUUCUUUUUUAAUGUUGUAGGUAUUAGGUAUAUGCAAAUUUUCCAUGGAUCUGCACAAUG